GUGGUCACGUGACAAACAAAAUGGCGCCGUCCAUGGAAGAAUAGAACGAAAAAUUGACUUUCUGUUGUGUUCACUAGCAUGGACAAAGACUUGAGUGCUGGUGCCCUUGGCAUCAGUUGGCACGACAGUACAUUCAUCCCAUUGCUGAACCCUUCUAAUGUGAUGGACUACUUCAGUGAGAGGAGUAACCCUUUUUAUGAUCACACCUGUAACAACGAAAUCAUCAAAAUGCAAAGACUAAGCCUUGAUCAAUUAAAUAACAUGAUUGGUGUGGAAUACAUAUUAUUACAUACACAAGAACCAAUCUUGUAUGUCGUCAGAAAACAGGAAAGGAACGGUCCAAACCAUGUGGUGCCCCUGGCAGACUAUUACAUCAUCGCCGGAGUGGUUUACCAAGCUCCUGACCUCGCCUCUGUCAUCAACUCCAGACUGCUCAAUACCUUGUCUAACUUGAAAUCAGCAUUUGAUGAAGCCCAGUCCUUCUCUAAGUAUCAUCCCAGUAAAGGUUACUGGUGGGAGUUCAAGGACCAGGAAGCUUCAGAUAAAAAGGAAUCAAAAGAAAAGAAGAAAAAAGAAGUGCCAAGCUCCAUGUUCCAACGACAGCGAGUGGACCUCCUACUUGGAGAGCUGUCGAAAAAAUUCCCUCCAAAGUUCAUACCCCCAACUCAACCCACAGAGGUCAAAGAGGAAGUCCCUAAACCUGAAACAGUGACAGUUAAACAGGAGAUCAAGCAAGAGAAACCUGACGAGAAACCAGCUAAUGUAAUUAAACCUCCACCAGAGAAAAAACCUAAACUGAUCAGAUGAUAAACAUAUGUCAUCAUACAGGUGUUGAGAACUGAAAAUUCCAUAGAACCAGGUGGGGAGAAAUUCUCGUAAACUUCUCGUAAAUUGUGUAAACUUUUAAACUUAUCCUUGGAUUAUGUUAAGUUUUAUACAAGUUUACAAGGAAAAAAGAACUGGAAACACAACAUUUUUAUCAACUUAAGUAUGUACACCUUAAAAAUAGCAUGGAUGUAAUUGAUGAAUGUCUUCACCUAUACCAGGAAAACAGGAUCUGAAAUUUGACAUGUGUUUAUGCAGGCACCAUUUCACUGGAACAGUCCGCUGUUACAGGUGCUGACAAUAAGGUUCCUGUCAGUCAAGCAGAAAUUGUAAUGAGAGACUAAGUUGCAUCCUGAAAUUGACGCUGGGAAUGUGUUACCCUCCCUAGUAAUGAUGAUUCAUAAAGUGUGGUGGUCCCUUAUGCAUACAAGUUUUCAAUAUAUUACUUUUGACUUUGGACCCAGAAUCUUUGUCUAUAAAAAGAUUUGAAAAAAUGCACAAAUAUUUCUGUAUAAAAAGUUUGGAAGUUUCCAUUUGAUAAUUUUAAUUACCAUAUUUGGUACGAACUUUCUAUUCCUUUUGAAGUGAAUGUUGAUUAUUUAAGAGAUAAUGAAGUUGACAAUACUCUCAGAGUGUAGAGUUUUUCCAAGUUUAGUCAUCUUAACAGCAGAGAUGCAGUAUUUUUCAAAUAAAAUAAUAUCAUUAACUGGGAGUCUAAUGAUAUUGAAAUACAUUAAA